AUGUAUGAGUCGAAAUUACAGGAUCAAAGUUGAUCAACCAGCACCGGAAAUGAGAAAAUAUAGAGAUCGCAAUUUUAAUUGACUCGAAAAGGGGUACAAGAAUUUUUCGGUUUUUGCCCUAAGGAGACGAAACAUUUCAUGUACGAUAUAUUCAAAUUGAAGAGCAGAAACUUCCUCUUCAAUUGACAGAUCCUAGGGCCUUGGAAGGCGGCGAAAAUUAAAAUGAGUAAAGAUCCUAAAUAUAAGACUGAAAGUGAUACCAGUGGUAGUGCAAGUGGAAGUGAUUGUGAAUUUGAUUUAUCUGAAAGUUGGCCAUCAAUAUCAGAAGCAAUACCACUAAAUUUGUUUGAUGCUUUUCCAGAGGCGGAGCCUGAAUCACAAUCAGAAUUUGGAUCGCAAUCACUAUUUAGUGAUACAGUAACAGAAAAAGAUAAAAGUAGUAACACAGAUAGUGAUUCAACACAGCCACCAUCAGAUUUUGAAUUGAUGCCUCUGAUGCCUAGUCCUAUAUUUGGCAACACUGUAAAGAGAAGACGUUUAGACCAAGUUCCAGGUUACCCUUCAUGGUAUAACAUAGUGUACGAUGGGGAUGUUGCUGUGUAUACCUACCAAUUACUAGAGGACUGGAAGGAAGGAACCUUAAAAAUUAAUGUUUUUAAAGAAUAAAAUUGUUUUAAAGGGAUUUGCUCUUGUCUUUAAUUGACUUACACAUGAUUUUUACACAAGAUUUAUGAGUUUCCUUAGUGUCUGACCAUUCAUUCAUUUUUGGUAUCAUAUAAGUUUGACGGUAGGCAUCUUUACCGUGGCACAACUUUUUAACCACUUAAGUUAUUUGAAAAACUUUCCACCAUUGAUCUGCAUUUAAAAUGACCUUUGUAAUG